UCCUCUUCCAAUGUUUUCAUAAAGUUAUCAGCUUUCCACCGAUCCGAUCCGAUCCACCGCCAAGCAGAGUUACAGAAAGAGAGAUGAAGCUCCAGUGUGAUGUCUGCGGCGUGGAAACCGCCUCUGUUCUCUGCUACGCCGAUGAGGCCGCUCUCUGCCGCCGCUGCGACGAGGGCGUCCACUCCGCAAAUAAGCUUGCUGGCAAGCACCGCCGCGUCUUUCUUCUCCCCCACCCCUUACGAACCCUCCCACUAUGCGACAUCUGCAAGGAGAAAAAAGGCUUCGUUUUCUGCCAAGAUGAGAGAGCCAUACUCUGCAAGGACUGCGAUUUUCAAAUCCACGCGACUAACACCAACACCAGCAAGCACAUGAGGUUCCUCUUCAGCGGCAUCAGACUUUCCACCACCCCAAUCCCCUCGGCCUUCUCUUCCACUACCGAAAAUGAUAAUAGUUGCAGAAGCACCAUAUCUGACUACUUGAUGAACAUGUUACCCGGAUGGCGGGUCGAUGAUUUCCUGUUUGACGAUGUAGCCUCCACUGGGAACUUUUCCGGCUGCCACUUGAUAUCAGAGAAAGCAGGGGAAACCCAGACCGCUGGCAGCGAGUUGGCUAAGAUGGAGGAUGUACCAGUACGUGUAAGUUCAUCCCCUGCUACACAGGGUUCUGCCAUGGCUCAGGAGCGAUUGUGCGCACUGGUGGAUACAGUGGAGUGGGGUCGGAAUGAGUGGAAUGAAGAAGUUUUCAUGGUUCCACAGAUCCAGUACCAACACACAAGUGAAAAGAGAUUCAUGGCAUCUUUUUUGUAGUAGCUGGUUGCUGGAUUUACCUCUUUUGAUGAUGAAUGUGCUGUUUUUUUUCUUUUUCUUCAAGUUUUUGCAGUUUUAUUGUGCAAUGGAAGCCAGUGAGACUUUUUUUGUUGAUGAAUUUUGGAAUAAAUUUGCCAGGUUUUUGUGAAGUGCACCAU